UUCUAUGCAUUUAAUUUGUCUUCCUGUUUUGCUGGACUGGCAACUUCUAAUGUGUAUACUGUAGCUCUUUUCACAAUAAGAGUUACUCCUAUCCAUACAGAUACAGUGACGCUGUGGCGGCACUUAAUUAUGAAAGCUGGCUAAGUAGCUUACCACGUUAGUUUGUUCUUUUAAGAUAAAGGAGUAUAGGCCUUUUCCUUUUUGUUACUAUUUCCUCUGGAUAACCAUUUGCUACCAAUGUGGAAUUGCUUCUUAUUUCCAAUUUUGAUUAUUGGAUUUGCACCACUGGGAAAUGAUGCUGGCAUUGGCUACUGGAAUCUGGAAGCUUGUCACUUAGCAUUCUAAAAAUUUGUGCCUGCCCGACGGUUGUAAAUUGUGCCAAAAUUUGGAUUUUUCGUUCUGUUCUACUUUUUGGAUAUCUUUGAAUAGUUUUGAAUCUAGGAUAUUUAGCGCACAACUUAAGGUGAACAUGGUGUCAGAAAUAGUGAUGAAAAUUGAAGAUCACACCUAUUUUGGUUCAAAGUUUAGUGCUUUCUUUUUUAUUAUUGUCCUCUUUUAUGAUGGUCUAGGGAUAUGCUUUUGGUUAUCAAUUUUGGAGGGUUGUAUGCUAGUAUGUGCUACAAGAUCUAGUGCACUGGAACUCGUGGUUAUGGACCCGAAUCCUUUAGUAUGGAACAUUGUCUUUUCCAAGGGAGGCGCUGUCAAGUUUCUUGGAACGAAGCGCCAUCACGACAAAUGGUUGUUGGACACAGAAAACUAUGUUAUCAAAGGUUGUUUUGCAAUGACAGAAUUGGGUCAUGGGAGCAAUGUACGAGGAAUUGAGACAGUAGCAACUUAUGAUUCCAAAACAGGAGAGUUUGUGAUAAAUACUCCCUGCGAGUCAGCUCAGAAGUACUGGAUUGGUGGAGCUGCUAAUCAUGCUACACAUACAAUAGUCUUUGCUCAGCUCCAUAUAAAUGGAAGAAAUGAAGGAGUCCACGCUUUCAUAGCUCAGAUCAGGGAUCAAGAUGAAAAUGUGUUGCCUAAUAUCCAUAUAGCUGACUGUGGCCAUAAGAUUGGACUAAAUGGUGUUGAUAAUGGUCGGAUUUGGUUUAACAAUAUACGUGUUCCUCGAGAGAAUUUGCUGAAUCUGGUUGCUGAUGUUUUGCCAGAUGGGAAAUAUGUUAGCAUGAUAGAUAACCCAGAUCAGAGGUUUGCAGCAUUUUUGUCCCCUCUUACUCUUGGCCGGGUAAAUAUUGCAGUUAACGCGGUUUAUAUUUCAAAGGUAGGCCUAGCAAUUGCUGUGAGAUAUGCUUUGUCAAGGAGGGCCUUUUCAAUUACACCAGAUGGUCCUGAAAUGCUGUUACUUGAUUAUCCCAGUCACCAGAGGCGCCUCCUACCUUUGCUUGCAAAAGUAUGUAUGAUGAGCAGUGCUAGUAAUUUUAUGAAAAAUAUGUAUGUGAAAAGAACACCUGAAAUUAGUAAAGCGAUACAUGUUUACUCUAGUGCUCUGAAGGCUACAUUAACCUGGCAGAAUAUGACCACGCUUCAGGAGUGUCGUGAGGCCUGUGGUGGCCAAGGUUUAAAGACCGAGAAUCGCGUUGGAAUUUUCAAAGCCGAAUUUGAUGUUCAGUCUACAUUUGAGGGUGACAAUAAUGUUCUACUCCAGCAGGUAAGCAAAGCCCUAUACGCUGAAUUUUUAACGACGCAAAGGAAGAAGAAGUCAUUCAAGGGAUUGGGAUUGGAACAUCUGAAUGGUCCUUGCCCUGUUAUUCCCCAUAGUCUGACAAGUGACAUAUUAAGGAGCUCCAAGUUCCAGAUGGAUUUGUUCUGCUUGAGGGAGCGGGAUUUACUGAAACAGUUCGCAGAGGAGGUAGCUCGCCAUCUGGCACAAGGGGAAAGCAGAGAAAAGGCUCUGAUGCUGAGCUACCAAAUUGCUGAAGACUUAGCUAGAGCAUUUACUGAGCGCACAAUUUUGCAAAUAUUUUUGGAGGACGAGAUGAAUGCUCCUGCUGGGUCUUUAAAGGAUGUAUUGGGGUUACUGAGGUCUAUGUAUGUUAUGGUGUGCAUAGAUGAAUCUGCAUCUUUUCUGAGAUAUGGUUAUUUGUCGCGGAACAAUGUAACCACCGUGAGGAAAGAAGUCAUGAUACUGUGCAGUGAACUCAGGCCCCAUGCGCUUGCUAUUGUUGGUUCUUUCGGAAUCCCUGAUGCCUUCCUCAGUCCACUUGCUUUCGACUGGAUCGAAGCAAAUGCUCGAUCUUCCGGGAGAGAAUGACCAUACACCUUCAGCCACCAAUGAGGACGUAGCCCCGUAAAUGUGAAACUAUUACAGAUGGGGCAGCCAAAUACAGAUUACAAAACAAAGACAGAUUCAUAAUGCAUUUGCUGCUUCAUGUUGUUUACACAGUUUACAAUAAUAGUUGUUGAAGUGUACAGUCGAAGAUGCUGAUCUGCGCAGAAAAUAGGGAAUUUGAUGUAUGCAUCAGUUCAUGUAUUGUCUUCUCUAAAUUACGCAAAUAAAACUGAAUAAGCUGAUAUGGCCCAACAGGGGCUCACAGCGUAAAUAGUGGACACAAUGUUGUUUGCUGUAAAUUCUUUCUUUUUUGACAAUAUGUUGUUGAACCGUACACAAAGCAAUAAGCCAGAGCCAGUGCAAUAUCUGUUGGAUUGGAUUUCAUGA